CUGCUACUGACAGCUAAUAGUGUUGACAUUGACAGAUACUUUUGUGUUUCUUUUGGACCCUUUGACAGUGCUGGUUGAAAACUAUUCGUCUUCAACAUGCCGCGUGAAAUCAAAGAUAUCAAAGACUUUUUAAUUAAGGCGAGGAGGAAAGACGCCAAAUCGGUCAAAAUAAAGAAGAACCCUGAGAAUGUCAAGUUCAAGGUUCGAUGCUCAAGGUUCCUGUACACCCUGGUCAUCACUGACAAAGAGAAGGCUGAGAAACUUAAGCAGAGUUUACCUCCAGGUCUCCAAGUUAAAGAAGUAAAGUGAUGUAACUAGGUUAAAGAAAUAAAAAAAAUACAAAAUUA